UGGAGGAGCUGAGAGGAGUCCGGGGCCAGCCACACAGGCGCGCGCUCUCUCUCUCUCUCUCCGAACAUGUGAAGAUCAGCACCGCGACCUCUCCGCAGUCCGCCUACCCGGUCCAGCAUCGGAGGACGUCUUGUUUUUGUCAAAGCAAUCAGCAGCGCUUUUAUAUUUUGCCUCUUACCCAUUUUUUCCCUUUUCUUUUCUUUCUUUUUUCUUAUUUUUUUUGAAUUUUCGGCUUUUAUGAGCGGUCGCCAUGGAAGUUCUGUCCACAUCCGGGCCACAAUGCUUUGACUCCAUCAUUGUCUAAAACUGGCGGAGAGCAGGCGCGGCGGAGGCUUGGAUCGGGAGGAGAUGUCUAACCAAGGAGUCCGGCGGAACGGCCCCGUCAAACUGAGAUUAACAGUCCUGUGUGCCAAAAACCUGGCAAAGAAAGACUUCUUCCGCCUCCCUGAUCCCUUCGCCAAGGUGGUGGUGGACGGCUCCGGCCAGUGCCACUCCACAGACACUGUGAGGAACACGCUCGACCCCAAGUGGAACCAACACUACGACCUCCGUCAGAACCAGGCGAAGGAUCAGGCCCAGCAGGCUCUGGUGUCCCCCGCUCAGCUCCCAGAAGAGGCGGAGUGUCUCACGGUGCCCAAAUACAAGAGAGACCUCGUUCAGAAGCUGAAGAUCCUGCGUCAGGAACUGUCCCAGCAGCAGCCACAGGCCGGCCACUGUCGCAUCGAGGUGUCCCGUGAGGAGAUCUUUGAGGAGUCAUAUCGGCAGGUGAUGAAGAUGAGGCCGAAGGACCUAUGGAAGCGGUUAAUGGUGAAGUUCAGAGGCGAAGAAGGCCUCGACUAUGGAGGAGUAGCCAGGGAGUGGCUCUAUCUGCUGUCGCACGAGAUGCUGAACCCGUACUACGGCCUGUUCCAGUACUCGCGCGAUGACAUCUACACGCUGCAGAUCAACCCGGAUUCUGCCGUAAACCCUGAGCAUUUGUCAUACUUUCACUUCGUGGGCCGCAUCAUGGGGAUGGCUGUGUUCCACGGCCACUACAUCGACGGCGGUUUUACUCUCCCCUUCUACAAGCAGCUGCUGGGUAAACCCAUCACCCUGGACGACAUGGAGUCUGUCGACCCCGACCUGCACAACAGCCUGGUUUGGAUCCUGGACAAUGACAUUACAGGUGUGCUGGACCACACCUUCUGUGUGGAGCACAACGCGUACGGAGAAAUCAUCCAGCAUGAGCUCAAGCCCAAUGGGAAGAGCAUCCCCGUCACACAGGACAACAAGAAGGAGUACGUCCGCCUCUACGUCAACUGGCGCUUCCUGCGAGGCAUCGAGGCCCAGUUCUUGGCGCUGCAGAAGGGCUUCAAUGAGGUCAUCCCCCAACACCUGCUCAAGGCUUUCGAUGAGAAGGAGCUGGAGCUGAUCGUGUGCGGCCUGGGAAAAAUCGACAUCAACGACUGGAAGUCCAACACGCGGCUGAAGCACUGCACGCCGGACACCCACAUCGUUAAGUGGUUCUGGAAAGCCGUGGAGUCCUUCGACGAGGAGCGCAGAGCCCGGCUGCUGCAGUUCGUCACGGGUUCCUCCAGAGUUCCUCUGCAGGGUUUCAAGGCCCUUCAAGGUGCUGCUGGACCCCGACUCUUCACACUACACCAGAUUGAUGCCAGCACCAACAACCUGCCCAAAGCCCACACCUGUUUUAACCGAAUCGACAUUCCUCCCUAUGAAACCUAUGACAAAUUGUACGACAAGUUACUUACUGCCAUCGAGGAGACGUGUGGCUUUGCUGUGGAGUGAACGACGGACACGUGCAGAACCCGACGACAGCCGGAAGCUGCUGGGGUUGACCUUAUCAAGCCACCGACUACAGAACAGCUCCUUCAGUCCGGGUCGGGUGGGAGGGGCUGCUCUCUGACACGUAGCCAAACUAAGAGAGGAGGACACCAGAAAGGCCCUCCGACCACAGGGUUGUUUAUAAACCCUCUUCCCUUAAUAUCAUUUUUAGCAUUAAAAAGGAUCUAUCCAGCUGCUAAUAACUCUAUUUACUAACUUGUGGAAGCUUCAGAUUUUUCUGACGCUUCUUUUUUUUCAGCAUUUAAGAAUAGACCUUAUUCCAUGUAGCAAUGCUUCAUUUUAACGAGCAGAACACGAGGUCUGUCUGCUCUUAAAGAAAGUCACAUUUAAAGGACUGAUUUGUUUGCUGCAAGAAUUUGACAACCACUUGGAAACACUAAAUCUGGAUGCAGAGAGAACAAAAUUGGAGGCCCAAAGCGAUCACGCCGGGACCAUCGGCGUUGCCAAGGAGGCGAUGUGUGCGCAGAUGGGACAGCAAGGCUAGAUACUGAGACACUGAGCUGCAACCGACUGUUUACAACCUCCUCCAAAGACAGAAGCAGGGACCUGUGCUCCCUGGAGCCCUGAUUCGCACAUUUAAGAGCUAGGUGUGUCUGAAAAUGAGUAAAUGAAUGCAUCGCUUGAAAUGUGAUAUUUUUGUAUAACCAGGAUAUGGGGUGGGGAUGAGAAACAAUAAAAUUCUAUGUAAUAUAUAUAAUUUAUUGCUAUUAUGUUCCAGAAACCCCUUUUUCCACUGUUUACGGGGGAUAAUACACAAAUGUUACCAGUUAUCGUUUCAAUAAUAGAAGACAGUUUGUGGAAAUAGUGGUUGAGCUUGACAGAAUGAUGUGACUUAUUUUGACAGAAUCUCUACAUCCCGUGUUGGGAGAGGUCUGUCAUAAGGGCAAAAAAAAAAAAAAAAAAA